CUGCUCGCCACGUUGGCUGCCACGACCCUUCUACUCUCAGGCACAUUCACGAUUAUCGCAACACGAUCCCUGACUGACGCCUUCCACCGACAUCCGCCGUGGAAGAUUGAUUACAAGGACGGAGCAGAGAACUGCAUACUGGUUCCGUCCACCCACAUAGUCUCCUGUCUCUGAAGGCCAUACGGGGCGCACAAAGUGCGGCUUGUCCGGCUUUAAGUUGUGUAUACAAGCUUUGCCGUUGCCUCCGAGGAAAUCGCGCCAAAACGGUCGGUAUCCGUGUAUUCCGCUUUUUAGCUUGUGGCGAUCUCACGGACAUCGUCGUCAACGCAUCAUCCGGACCUCUCUCCUUGUUCCGCAAACCAUCCGAUUUGAACCUUCAAGAUGCCUGUCCCUCCCAUGGACGUGUUCGGGAUUGUAUACAUCAUUGAGAACGCCCAGCAAUUCUGGUCAGAACUCGAGGAGAUCUUGCAUAUACCCGACGAUAUCACUCUUUCGAAGCUGGAUGCUACUCUUCGAAGUUACAUAUCGUUCUGUGCGGCAUAUCAUGAGCAGUACUUGCAAAGCCCGCUACAGCUCCAGCACGCGUGCGACAUGGUCCUAGCCUCAGAUCUUUUCUCGUUCCACUCAGAGCGGGUGUGCGAGCUCAUGGUAGAGGACGCUCAGACGAACACUGAUCCACAUUACGAGAUGAUCCUGUACAAUGUCAUGCUCACGUAUGGCCGCCGCACCCCGUCCUUCCUGCGCUCGCAGAAACGCUGGCAUCCACUGUUGCCACUCCUCAUGGACCACGUUCGCAACGACCUCGACCCGGAGGUCGAUGACGGCUAUUACGGUGUGGCGUCUACCGGCGGCCCCAGCUCGGGCGCUGCGCGUGGAGUCGCCGUGCCCAUCGAGGCGAAAUUGAGGUCUCUUGCUGUGCGGCUGCUCUAUGAGGUCUGCCGGGUGCAGAAGAUGUCAUUGCAGGACCUACGCAUAUUCGACGACAACUUCAUUGACUAUCUGUUCGACCUAGUCGAACAGACGCGCGGGAUGCAGGACGAGACAUUUAACUACUCGGUCAUCAAAUUUAUCGUAGCGCUCAACGAGCAGUUCAUGGUAGCUUCUCUACAUCCCCAGACGCCACUGCCCAAUGGUCCUAGCGCAGGCCCAGGCUUCGCACAGCAACAAGCCGCCGAUCCACGAGGGCCAGAAAGCACAAAUCGCGUCCUGCGAACCCUGAUGUCGCGCGCAGGUUCGAGCCCGACAUUUGGGGAGAACCUGAUCUUCAUGCUCAACCGCGCGGACCGCACGCCUGAGGACCUGUGUAUGCAGUUGCUCGUGCUGAAGUUGCUGUAUCUGCUGUUCACGACGAAGGGCAUGGCGGAGUUCUUCUAUACGAACGACUUGUGCGUCCUCGUGGAUGUGUUCUUGAGGGAGAUCAACGAUAUUGAUGAGGACAACGAGUCGCUACGACAUACAUACCUCCGGGUACUCCACCCCCUGCUCACGAAGACCCAGCUGCGCAACAUGCCGUACAAGCGCACGCAGAUCGUGCGCACCCUAGAGGGGCUCAUCGAGAACGAGACAAUACGAGAUGUAGACCCUACGACGAAGCGUCUCGUGAUGCGAUGCCUGAGCGGGGACUGGUGUGUGCAGUUCCGCAAGACUGCAGUUUCGGCAGUCCAACAGCAGGAAGGGCGGAAGAUGUCGAUCUACGAGGAGGAGGUGAGGAGAGGGGAGAGCCCUGGGCUGGAUGCGGUGUCUGCUGCCGCACCGCGAUCGGCCGGGCCUUCGAUUGGGCCUGAGUCUGUGAACCCUAUACUAGGUCGGAUGGACUCGCUGAGAGGGAAGCAUGCGAAGGCGAGUCGGAGUGUAGAGCACCUCCCGCUUCCCUCGAGCAGUGGCAGCCCUCCAAAACAUCGGUCUAUAUCCGGCCAAUACCACCACCUCCAUCAUCAUCACCAUCCAAGUGAGCAGUCAUCAUCGCAUACACGCAAAGGCUCCAUAACGUUAUCCGCUGUUCGGCAAGCGAGCGGAGAUAGCAUGACUAGCCUUCCGCGCGUCGCUGUGGCGACGGCUCACCCGUCCUCUGCAGCUGCGAAGCAUCGCGUCCGCGCAGGCUCGUUCAACGUUGAAGCGACCACAACGAGCUUCUCGGCGCUGUCGGUUCAAGACCCCCCGCACCCCCAUUCGCGCCCGCGGCGCAUCCUCGACUCCUCUAUACCGUUCGUGGACAAGCCCACCAUGGGUAGCGCCCCGCCUCAGAUCCGCGUCGUGUCUCCGACGUCGCCCACACGCUCUCCUUCGGACAGACACCACGUCGUUGACCUAUCCCCGCCUUCGGGGUCGUCCGGAUCCUCCUCAACAAGCUCGCUUGUCGGAUCGCCUGCGUCGACGCCUAGUACGUCCCCACGAAGGAAGGCCCCGCCACCUCCGGUGAAGGCCAGACGGACACCGCCAGCGCCCCCAGUAAGGCAAGGGGCGAGGGGAGGCGUGACGGGGGCGGUUCCGGGGUCGUCACUAAGUACCAUCGCCGCGUCGAGCCACCCGAAUUUGCCGGCUUUGAGUGCAGGGAAGGCUUCAGCGUUCUAAAGUGUCGGGUGGGGGGAUUUGUUUAUCUCCAGCCAAGAGCCCCCGGAAACAAGCACUGGUGUCGCGUUCCUAGAAGGGGAACUCGAAGGUCGAAGUUGUUAUAGGGUAUGGGAUGGAAGGCAUAGACGGCCUGCGGGCCACGGAUGCAGGGCAUCAUACAUGCGUAACGUAACCUAUGAACAAAGCAUAUGCUCAAGCCGCUGUUGCGGCGAGCGCCGAUCGAUCUCACACUGUAUCUUGCAUUCACUGCCGCAUUGUUGACUCGUGCUGCAUCAUGUUUCUCGUCUUCGUCUUCGUACGUUUCAUAUUCACCAUCUAUUGUUUGUCGUCGUGUCAUCUCAAGGUAUUCUGCCUCAUUUCUAUCUCAUCGCUCCUGUUACCCACUUUCUCAAUCGAUGCCAAGGCGUCCUUUCGUACGCCUCACAACGCAACUUACACAUCAC